UAACCAGAAAGCCAGUUUGCAGGACGCUCAAACAAAACAGGAACAUUGGAGAUCACUUCGCUGUGUAUGAAGUAUUCCUGGAGGUGAACUCUGGCUACUCUGACCCAACGGAUUACACUGGCUAUUUCAUCUUUUGACGGCAAGCAAGCAACCACAAGUGACCAUGGAUUUUCUCAAUCACAACUAUUUGAAUGCGCGCAACCCCUACGAUUAUACUUUCAAUUUCUGGAACGACUAUCUUGGACUCACGACAUUGGUUACGAAGAAUAAUAAGCUCAACAUGCCCCAGAAUCCGAACUCUAUCACCGAGUCCCUGAAAGCGACGCUGGGUUUGGACGAUUCCCCGACGUGCCCGUGCGUAAUCGCGGGCGGCACCGGAGAGAGCGGGCACCUGGACUGCUGCUGCCCGUCCGGGAGCCCCCCGCCACCCUCCAUCCUGGACCUGAAGGAGCGCUUCUCCAUCCUCAGCCCGUUCCCAAGCCAGCUGCCGGAGCGGGAGAUGGGCUUCGGUGGAAGCUUUGCGGGGUUCGAUCUCUUUGGUGUGGAGCGGAAGAUGCGCAAACCUACAACCAGGGGCAAACAGGAGCCCAAAAUCUGCGUGUUCUGCCGGAAUAACGGAGCGCCGGAGGAGGUGUUCGGCUCUCACGUCCUGAAAACUCCGGACGGCCGAGUUGUGUGUCCGAUUCUGAGGGCUUACACCUGCCCGCUCUGCAGCGCCAACGGGGACAAUGCCCACACGAUAAAAUACUGUCCACUGUCGAAAGACCAGCCAUCCCAGCGCCCAUUAAAGGGGGGGAGGGCUGUGGGCGGUAAGAGGAUGAAAAUAUUUUAAAUAGACGAAUCUAUAAAGUAAAUUGAAUUGCACUGAACAAUUUCCAGAUGACUGUUUUGAUUUCGGUUUUAGCCUUUAUUCCUGUCUCAUAAGCAUACUGUCUCUUUUCUUUGUUCCAUCUAUGAGAAUGCUUCUAUUUUUAUAGUUCUUUUAUCCACAUAGAAUCAUUUUCUGCUUUAUUCAUCAGAUUUACUCUUUUCUCUAGUUUAUAGUCAUUUGAGUGUGUGCAUACAAAAACACAUAUGUAUCAAUAAUCCAACAUUUUUAAAAGUAUUUUGGUCACAUAAGAAAAUACACUGACAUUUGGUAAGGGAGAUGAAUGUCAUAACCAAUUUCUACCAAGUAUUUUUGUAUGGUGAGCUAAAAGCUCGCUGCAAUCUUCUUUCAUGUCUUAGAGAAACCAAAGUUAUGUUUGCCAUUAAAAAAAAGCCGAGGAAUGUGUUGGUAAUGUGUAUGUGUGGGUCUGAGUGAAGGAGGAAGUCUUUGAACCCCUCUGCCUGCCUGAAAAAAAAAACAAAAAACUCCACCACAUGUUUUCCAACUUGCUCUAAAAGUUGAUUCUCAUUCUGGGAGGAAGGAACUAAAAACAGACAAUGUCGCCUCUGUUUUAGCUCCAUGUUCUCUGGGGAACAAACAACUGAUAAGAAACCUACUAUAUCUCAUACCUGAGCAGAUUUGAAACUAUUCCACAUUUUUAUGUUUACAUUCCCAAAUAAAAGUGACACACUGGAUUUUAUUUUAUUUCUUUGUAAGUCCUAUGUUGUAAUUUUACUUUUAAAAAUGUUUGUUUCCCUUGACAAUUUGUUCAGCUGAGCGUCUCAUGGCCAGGUCUACUCUGCUAUAUAAAACAUUGUAAGUCCUUAUUACCUGAAAAACAUAGCAAAUGAAUGUCAGUAAACAAUAAUCCGUUUCUUUUUUCUUUCCUGAAGAAUCCCAAAAAAGAUGCAAAAAUGUCCUGAAUGUACAAUUCAAAGUGUCACUUGUGGGACUGCACAUUUCUGAAAGUUUUGUUUACCAAAGGAAAACAACUGCAUUAAUGGGAGACAGACAAAAGGUUUGCUGUACAGUCAAUACAAAUGAUGUUUAUUCAGUAUUUUAACAUGACAAGUGACUUCAGAGGGCGCUACCUCAACGGGAUUUUGUACUUACAUGUAAAAGAAAAAAAAAAUCAAUAGCAGUUUAUUGAUAUAGUGCUGCCAUUUAUAUUAAGGGUUUUUGAUAGUAUUUUUGAUCUUUGUAUAACAUAAUUGUAUUUUCAUUUUGUUGCAUUUAACACAAUGGAAGUGAGUUUCCAAAAAGCUAUGAUAAGCAUUACUUCACCAAAAGGUGAUUGUCUGUAAAUAAUGAAUAUGCCCAUACUUUUGAAAGAUUCGCUGUCCAAUGAUACAUUGAGAGGGUGCAAAAGAGUGAAAAAAAUGCUGACAACAAUUGCCACUUUUAACAGAGGUUUUUGAUUAAAUGAUUAAGAGAAAAAGAAACACUGUUGAACUUUGUUAUUUAUAUUUUACCAUAUUUUACUGUAUGCUGCUGUGCAGAAUAACAAGAAUUCACUAGAGAAAUAAAAACAUAUCAAAUAUUUGAGCUA